GCCUCGGUGCAGAAUGGCCUCAAAUCCAAGUGCAAAAUUUAUGUGUCUCUAUGCAUCGCUUCCACCCGAUGUACAAUCUUCAUUGGUAGAAAGACAGCUCGUGCCUCUCCUUGACCUUGUUUCCAAAGACAAGUCCAAAAAAAUUGUCGCCUCUGCUAGUCGUCACCACAAAAAGUUCUCUCAGCUGCCUUCUCUCGACUUGAAAGCCAAGAGGGCAGAAAUCAAUGGUCUGUUGGACGAACUCAACCGCGACUCGAAGCGGUCUUUUGUCAAGGAGCGUUCUAAUGUAGAAGAACUCCUCAUGGAGACAAUCGAUAGCCUUCUAGACUGGCUGAAUAAUAUAUGGCAAGUCGUGUACGAGUUUCGCACUAACUAUUCGUUGGCACAUACUUGCCUUUUGUUCGCGUCUGACGUCUUGGAAAAUAUUGCCAACGCUCGUACAGGGUGCAAGUGUUCUUUCAUGCAUUUGUUUGUGCCGGUGGUCCUCAAGAAGAUGUCCGGCAAAAAUGUAAAGUCUUGGGCCUUCACAGGCGCGCAUCAUAUCGAUGAAGUGCUUCUUUGGAUCUGGCGCGAUUUGUUUGUCACACUCCUUGCGUACGGUUCGAAACAGCAGAAGAAGGCUAUCCCCGGAAUGCUGAAUGAUAUUCAAAACAUAAUGGGAUGGAAGUCGCUGGAAAGAAUAUUAUACGGUGGGAAAAAACGUGGGCGUGUUUUCUUACCGCCCGAUAGCGAUGGAUACUGCGAAGAAAUGGAUGAUGUCUACAGUGAGGAUAUGAUCGACGGUGAUGGUGACGACGACGACUGGGACGUCGAUACUGAUGAUGAUGACUCAAGUGACUGCAGCGAUGAUCAUUGCCUCUGUGGUUUUCAUAGUAUCCAUUGGUCAAAGUAUAUCAAAGACCAGAGGAUACGAUUACGAGAUCUUGUUCACGACGCAUUGGUGGCCGUGUUCAAGGUUACUCCCUCCGCAGCUCUCUACAGCAGUCUCGGUACUAUUUGCGCGGAUGAAGACGCGAUGGAAGAAUUGACCUCACAGAUAUUAGUUGGAAUUGCAACUCAUAGCUCGGAAAACUUUGCAGCCGCGUUAAAUAUAUUCUCUAUUCAAGAAGACUCUGAGAAAAUCGUUUCCCUUCUUAAUUCUCAUUCCCAACUACUCCGCCCACGUGAUGCCCCAUCACUCCAGCUAGCGACCCUCUCAAUCGCCAACGACCCUUCUUUCCAACUUUACGCUCUUCAGGUUCUUGAAAAGGAGUUGUUGGACUCAUGCCGUACAAUACGGGCCGCUCUCAUAUCUGGUUUCUGCCGCAUGGAAAGUGAAAAAAACAAGUCAGAGCUAAUGGACAUCUUGGCGCUGCAAUACAACUCUCUUCCACGCAAGAGUCGUGUCGAACACUGGGUAGAAGCUGUCAUCACACCACCAUCAAGUACACCGCAUCCCAUGGCACUCGCAGCUAUGAUGAUGGGUCUUCCUUUGCCAGCUGCGUUGGAUGACGAAGACGGCGACACGUUCAGCUAUCUAGACAUCGAUCGAGAGGAUCCUGAUCUUGACGACCUGCGAGAUGAGUUCCGGCCUAAGAUGAAAGAGAGGCUCGAAGGGUGGAUAGAGACGGGACGAUCAAUCAAAGGAGGGCCUGCGGUACUUCUCACAGCUUACAAAAAUAUCGUGGAAUUGAUACCUUGCAUCCAAGCAAGCGACAUUGUGGAUGAAAUGUUGGGCCGCCUGUCGGAUAAACCCAGUAAGCUAUACGUCUGCGAUGCACUAGAAUCCCUCAACAAGUUCUGCAAACAACAGAAGAAGAGGAUGGUUGUCAACGUGAAAGGCAAACGGUCUAAUAAAAGCACCGCCAGUGCGUCAGCGUCGCGUGGUAACACACUGGACGAAUCUUCAUCGAGUCCGCCUCCAUUGCGACUGGGUGGGAUGGAUGAUGUUGAUUAGCAUAGGAAUUCACAAUCAUUCCCGUAAAGGCCGUUUGGGCAAGCUGCUUGUAACUUAUCUUCCGCAUCCGGGCCCACGCUUGUUCAUUCCAUGUUUCCGCAGCUGUGAUACUUACCUGAUUAUAUUAGCGACUUCCUUCUACCAGACUAGAACUGCACCACCGACCGCUUCCACGGUAUGGUGCCAUCGUCUGAACCUCCGUUACCUAUGGGAAACUAGUGAUGUCUACUGCAUUCUAGAGUUGAAAUCAAGAAUAGGCCGCUGCGAUUGCAGGCACAGGUUGUUAUUGAUAUUGUAUGCUUGUAUUAUCAAGGAACAUUUUGUCGUCGUCGAGACAUUCGUGGUAGCAGGGGCAAUGGGUGUAUUUUAAGAUAUUUCCUACGUGGUGGCGAACAGAAACAGCAUCUGGCGACUAAUUACAGAAGAUAUCAUGAUCUUGAUUUAGGUG